GAUGUGUGUUAUAGUGACUGGCUGCAUAAACUCAUCACACACACAUCCGUGCUCGAAAGACCCAGGACAUGGAGAGAGCUGCAUUCUAAUGGUUUGUACCUGAGGGAAACUUCUAAGUCACAGAAGAGCGCCCUGCCAACAUGUUCAGCACCAAAAGGCUGAAGAAAAAGUCUCAGUCAGUGGACAUCGGCUCUACAGGAUUUUCUGCUCGUCUCAUUCCGAGUCUGUCCUUAAACAGAUCUUCUCCACCUGUUUCCAAGACAGCAACAUGUGAGGUGCAGGAAAACAACACAACCAAUUCCCAGCACCGUACUCCACGGUGCAGCGAUCUGAAACGAGGAUACACAAUAGAUACCAGCCAGAAGAAGACCCUGGAGAAGAAAGAUGGAAGACGGAUGUCGUUCCAGAGACCCAAGGGCACCAUCGAGUAUUCCGUGGAAUCACGGGACACUCUGAACAGCAUUGCGCUAAAGUAUGACACUACACCCAAUGAGCUCGUUCAACUCAACAAACUCUUCUCCAGAAACGUGGUCCCCGGUCAGGUUUUGUAUGUUCCUGACACAGAGUAUGUGUCCAGUGCGGGCAGCUCUCCCUCGUUCAGUCCCAGCAGCCCUCUCUCUCCCACCUCCUCAGAGACUGACCUGGAGAAAGUGACAACCACGAUGAAAGUCAAACAGGUUUGGAACAGCAAGAAGGACUCCAAUGUUCCUCCUCGCUCAGAGGCUCCAGCCCCUCCAGUCCUGUCUGCUCUGCGGCCCUCCCGUGUGGUUUCCUCCACUUCAGAGGAAGAGGAGGCACUGACAGAGAAGUUCCUCAAAAUCAACUGCAAGUACAUCACAGAUGGCAAGGGUGUUGUUAGUGGGGUGUUGCUGGUAACACCCAACAACAUCAUGUUUGACCCUCACCGGACGGAUCCUCUGGUUCUGGAGCGAGGAUGUGAGGAGUACGGCAUCAUGUGUCCAUUGGAGGAGGUUCAGUCUGCAGCCGUCUACAGAGAGAUCACAGACAGCAAGAUCCGAGCCUCUGUGCCCCCGGAUCUUGAUGCCGUGUUCUCCGAAAGCUCUCAGCAAAUGGAUCAGCGUCUGCGGGAGGGUUACGACAGCGCCAGCACAGCUCCUCGCAGCACCGAGGGCUCCAUCUCGGAGGAUGUCUUCACCGAGUCGGAGCUCUCGCCCAUCCGCGAGGAGCGGCAGUCCACAGAUGAGCUCCAACAGGAAGACAAAUCAUCAGGAGCCACAUACCAAUCCAUGCAGACUCUCGCUCAAGAACCUCACACAGAGCAGACCUUCCAUACAGAUAAGAAGGACAAGCCUAAACCAGAGGCACCAAAGGAGGAAGGAGAACCAGCCAGUGACACUGCUCAGCCAAACAACCCCAAACAGCCCAGCCAGGAGCAGCCAAGCACACCCACAAGCAGGGACCACCAGCAGCUGCCAUACUACCAGACCGAAGAAGUCGCCCCCUCCUCAGGUUCUCAGAGCUCUGCCCCAGGAGCAGAGGAAGCCACUGUGCAAGAAAGUAGCUCAGAUGGGGCUAACCUGACCCGAGAGGGCAAACGAGAUUCAGAGACAGAUGUAGAGGAGCUGAGGAAGAUGUGGAAGAGUCACACUAUGCAACAAGCCAAAGAACAGCGAGAGAGCGUCCAGCAGGCCCAGAGAGAGAUCAUCCAGGAAUCCAAGGGCAGCCAGAGAUUGAGCUCUGCUGAGGGUCUCGUGUCCAAGGAGAGGUGGAAAUCUCACAAGUUUCUGUGUCUGCGGAUUGGUAAAGCCAUGAAAAAGACAUUUUUGUCCAACGCCAGCGCCUCAAUGCAGCAGUACGCUCAGCGUGAUCGCAAACAUGAGUACUGGUUUGCUGUUCCCCAGGAGAGGUCAGACCACCUCUAUGUUUUCUUCAUCCAGUGGAGCCCGGAUGUUUUUGGAGAGGGAGUUGGAAGCAUCAGCCGUGAUCCUGGCUUCAUCGUGGUGAAGAAAAUCGAGGAUUCAAACGAGGAGGCAAAAGAAGAGCAGCAAACAAAAGAAAAUUCCAUUAAGGAGUGGGAGGUAGUGUCAUGGACUGAGUAUCACCGCAGGAUCGAUGCGCUAAACAGCGAAGAUCUUCGCUCCCUAUGCAAACGCCUUCAGAUCACCACAAAGGAGGAUGUGAACUCUAAACAUGGCGCGUCCAUCACCGCCAGCCUGGAGCCGGAGACCUUCAAACCAAGCCUGAAUGAACCCAGUGACCUUCUGGAGGCCGAGCAGAUCGAGAAGUUGGCGAAACAUCUCCCGCCUAGGACCAUCGGUUACCCGUGGACUUUGGCUUUUAGCACGUCUAAACAUGGCAUGAGCAUUAAGUCGCUGUACCGGGCGAUGCAGGCGCAGGACUCACCCGUGCUGCUGCUCAUCAAAGACAGCGAUGGACAGAUCUUUGGAGCUUUGGCGUCAGAACCCUUCAAAGUCAGUGAGGGUUUCUAUGGCACGGGAGAGACUUUCCUUUUCACUUUCUACCCUGAGUUUGAGGCAUACAAAUGGACAGGUGAUAAUCUGUUCUUCAUUAAAGGAGACAUGGAUUCUUUAGCCUUUGGUGGAGGAAGUGGUGAAUUUGGUCUUUGGUUGGACGGAGAUCUUUAUCACGGCAGAAGUCACUCAUGCAAAACCUUCGGGAAUCCUAUGCUGUCCACGAAGGAGGAUUUCUACGUACAGGACAUUGAGAUCUGGUCAUUUGAGUAGCAGCUUGCGGGGAAAACAUCUCCAGAUUCUGAGAGAGGAAUUGGACAUCAGGCAGAUCCCAAAACCUAUCUGCUUAUCGUUGCGGUUCCCAGGAAGCCUGUAAUGGAUGCUACUGUACCGCGCUUGUCAUAUGUUACUCCUGCAUUUAAUACAGAGCUCUUCUUUGUGCUGUUUAGUAUAUGUGUGUUUUGUUCAAGCCGUGUGCAGCGUUAAUAACAAACUGCAGGAUGUAGAGACGGCCUUGGGUAUCAAAGGACCACUUGAGCACUUUUCACAUCAAGUGGAAAUGAUAAUGGCACAGGUUUGGGCUGCCUGAAAACUGCCAUGGUCCAAUUUACCUGAGCCAAUGCGCCAGGUAACUGUUUAAGAGCUGAUGUUAGCCAAUUUUAUCUCACUAAUGCAACACGGGACUCAAUGGGGAGGAGACAAGAAAAGCAAACAACUGAAAACACAUUCCCUUGCUCUCGGAGGACAAAUAUACAUUUUUGGAGAUGGGACGUCGAUUUUAAGGAUCAUAAUGGCGUCUGUAAGAAGAACUGAUAUUGAUAUCACUUCUGUAGUUUCUUUUGAGGCUAAAUAUUCAAGUGUCGUGAAUUUGUAGUCUUUCUGUCAUUCACUAUCAUGGCACACCAUGUCGAAGCACAUAAUCGCAAACCCCAUAGUCGUAAUGUUCUGUUCAGUGGGUUUACGUGUGAGUGUGGCUAACACCGGCCCUUUCACUUUUGGAAGGGUCGACUUUACUGUUCGUAGGCAGAAAUGUGUCGCAAUAGAUUUGUGGAAUAUGCAAAUUCCUGUCCUGUGACCUUAAUUAAUCCAGACGGGGCAUUUUUGUUUUCCCCGUCUCUCUUUCAGAGAUCUUUUACGUCUUGACAAAUUAAUUGCUUUUCACGUUAUCAUAUGAAAAGCCUGAGAUGUGGUUUAAUUUAUAUACAGUAUAUAAUAUAGAUAUAUAAUGACAAAUCUGUAUUUAUGUAUAUGAUUUUAUAUAUAUAUAUAUAUAUAUAUAUAUAUAUAUAUAUAUAUAUAUUGCUCUUAUAGUGAUAUUUGUUUGUGCUGAUAUCUCAGCUGUUACUAAUAUAAUGUAUAUUAUCCUGUAAAUUAAUGUCAAAAUAGUAGAUUUGUUCCUAUAUAUAAAUAUAUAAACAGAUAUACAGUGUGGAUUGGUGGGUUGCUUCUCGCACUUUAAUAAUCUAGUUUAAAGCCAGGUUCUUCAGGCCUCAGUAGCAGUACAGUAUCUAGUUUUGUUUAUCUGUCUCUUAGUUUAUAGACUACCUAAUCAUUUAUUAAGAUCUACUGCUACUGUGGAGAGGAAGUGCCCUAGAUGGGCAUCUCAAGUAUUGAGCACAGGGUCAAAUUUGACGGACUCCAGCAGGGAAAGUCUCUUCUUCUAACGUGUCCUGUCCCAGCAUUUUCGUCUGGUUAUUUGUUUCUUUCGCUGUGUAGACUGACUGUGCACAGAGUGAGAGGAACUGUCAAUUUUCUUCCACAAUAGUGGAUACAUCCGACGACAAGUGCAAACCUUCAUCUACUUCACCAGAAUAUAAUGUUACAUUGAUGUAUAACGAACAAUGAAAACUAAUAAAUUGUUGUAAC